AAAACUAAAGGUGAAGUAAUAUAAUAUACAUUACCGACUAUCUAAGCAAUUAAUUAUUUAUUCUUAUAAAGAAGUUUCAAAAAGACCAAAUGCAAUUUGACAAAUACUCUCACUCUCUUCUUUUCCUACUUUUUGAUUCGUCCUUUAUCCCUUUCUUUUUAAACAUUCCUUCAUAUAUAUACACACAAAGAAGAAAACAUCACAAUUCCUUUCUCUAGCCACUCAAAAGAAGAAAAAAAGAAUACCAUAUAGACCAAUAAUUUCAUAAAUAGCACCAAAUCUUGUUUUAGUCUUCAAAUCAACCUAACUAUUAUGGAAAAGCAUAUUGAAGUAGAAAAUCAACAACAAAAAUCAUCACCACCAUCUUCACAACAACAUUCACUAUCCUCUUCUCCUUCUCAUGAAUUUUCCUUCACAAUUUCACACAACACUUUCAACACAACAUUCCUAAAUAAUAAUAAAUCAAAAUUCCCUCCAAAUUCUCAUGCAGCACUUGAUUUAUCUCCAGCUGAUGAAAUCUUUUUCCAUGGUCAUUUACUUCCUCUUCAAAUCCUCUCACACUUUCCUUCAUCGAUAUCACCUCGCUCUUCGAUAAAUUCAAUGGACAGUUUUACCCUCCCUAUAAGAGAAUUAUUCUCAGAAGAAGAUGAAAAUCUCCCAACAAAAAACCAUAUCAGUAGCAGCAGCAAUAGCAGCAGAAGUACCGAAAACAAGAACAAAAAUUCGGAAUCAUCAAAAAAGAUAGAUGGUAAGUUCAAGUUUUCUUUUUUAUCAUUUAAUUCAACAGAAGGGACGAAAGGGUGUCAUAAAAACAAAGAUGAUAAAGAGAAGAAUAAGAAAAAGCUUAGAUUUGAUUUUGAUGUGAUUCAUGCAAUGAAAAAAUACUUAAGAAUGGUGAAGCCACUUUUCAAAAGAGAGAAAAUUAGAGUUCAUAAAAAAUCUUAUUCUUAUACAUCAGGAAAUGUAACUCCUAGAAUUAAUAAACAAGAAUUUAUGAAAGGUUGGAAUUGGAAAUUAGGACAAUAUCAUUCAUCAGCACCAGCAUCAAUGAGAACUUCUCCAUCAAAUAGUGGUGUUUUGUUUCCAACUACACCUUUGACUCCUGCUAGUGAUAGUACCAUGGAAGAGUUACAAGCUGCUAUUCAAGCUGCAAUUGCUCAUUGCAAAAAUUCAUAUUCAAAAGAAGAGAAGCUUAAUUAAUUGCUGAUUUUCAUGAAUCCUAGAGAUAAUUAUUUUUUUGUCCCUAGAAUUGUAUUUUUUGUUUUCCUUAUGUGAUAUUUAAAUUAUUGUGUACAUAAAAAUGUGUUAUUAUUAUGAUAAUGAGAUGAGAUUCAAAUGGAAGAGAAAUAUUUGUGCCAUCUUGUAAACCAACUUGUAUUAUUUUAAUAUCUGGUUUUUUAUAUUUAUGAA